AUGCUCUAUCGAAAUUCAAUCUUUUACAAACAGGCCUUCCACAGGGAGCUGGAUCCAAUCUUUUACAAACAGGCCUUCCACAGGGAGCUGUCCCAGCCUUACAAACAGGCCUUCCACAGGGAGCUGUCACAAGCUGCAAUACAGGCCUUCCACAGGGAGCUGUCACAAGCUGCACUCUUUUUUCCACAGGGAGCUGUCACAACCUGCACUCUUUUCAAUGUUGACAGGGAGCUGUCACAAGCUGCACUCUUUUCAAUGUCUUCAUCGAUAGUACAGACAGUCACUGGCAUCAAGUGCUUACUUUAUGCAUAUGAUCUUAUUUUAUGGUAUUCCGACCCCAAGAAAAACGCCCAGGAGAGGAUGGAAAGUGCUCUUAAUAGUGCACUUAAACUCUUAGCCAACUGGUGUGACAACAAUAGAACGGUUAUCAACACCGCGAAAACUGCAUGCCAAACAUUUACUUUGGCCCGUCACAGCAUAAACCCGCAUAUAAGGGGCAAGGAUACUACCCUAGAAAAACCAAAGUGUUCACUUAUCUCGAAAUGA